AUGCUUGCCCCUUCGCCUUCCUUCCUCUCCGUCCUGAGCCUCCCCCUUCUCUUCCCCCGCCUUGCUGCCAUGCGCAUUGCUCACAUCCCGUCUAUUGGAAAGAAUCAGUACUUUGUCGAUCCUGAAUUUCCUGAGGACCCACCAAGCAUGCUCUCCGUCAUGGCUACCAUGAGCGCCCCUGUGCUGCAAGGCCCCAUGGCCCACCUCUCCUGCCUCGCCCCGCUCACUCGCCUCCGCCACCUGUACGGCCCUCUCUCCCUCCCCCCUCCCUCUCAUCCCUGCCCGCCUUCUCCCCUCUCUCACAUCUCAUCCCUGCCCGCCUUCUCCCCUCUCUCACAUCUCAUCCCUGCCCGCCUUCUCCCCUCUCUCACAUCUCAUCCCUGCCCGCCUUCUCACCUCUCUCACAUCUCAUCCCUGCCCGCCUUCUCCUCCCCUCUCUCUCAUCCCUGCCCGCCUUCUCCUCCCCUCUCACUCAUGCCUCUCUGUCUGUCACACCCACUUCCCCUCAGCGCUCUCACGACUCUCAACCUCACGGCUGGAGAGCUGCCUUCCUCUCUCUCUGCCCUUACUGCACUCACAACCCUGUAA